CUUUUUCUUCUCAACCUCAUUCACAAUGACCGUCCGCGUGUCCGAGAUGAAGGACUUGACGCGCAUUGAGCGCAUUGGCGCGCACUCGCACAUCCAUGGCUUGGGCCUCAACGACGCGCUCGAGCCGCGCGAGGUCUCGGACGGCAUGGUGGGCCAGCUGGCAGCACGACGCGCCGCGGGCCUCAUUCUCGAAAUCAUCCGCCAGGGGAAGAUUGCCGGUCGCGCAGUCCUGAUUGCGGGUCAGCCAGGCACGGGGAAGACGGCGCUGGCCAUGGCAAUGGCGCAAGCACUGGGCGCGGACACGCCGUUCACGACCAUCUCCGCAAGCGAGAUCUUCUCGCUGGAGAUGAGCAAGACCGAGGCACUGACACAGGCAUUCCGCCAGUCGAUCGGCGUGCGCAUCAAGGAGGAGUCUGAGAUUAUCGAGGGCGAGGUCGUCGAGAUUGUCAUUGAUCGACCUGCAACGGGCGCCGGCCAGCGUCGCGGCAAGCUCACGCUCAAGACGACAGACAUGGAGACGCUGUACGAGCUUGGCCAGAAGAUGAUCGAGUCGCUGACCCGCGAAAAGGUCCAGGCCGGCGAUGUCAUUAGCAUUGACAAGGCCACUGGCCGCAUCACCAAGCUUGGCCGCUCGUACGCGCGUGUCAAAGAGUACGACGCCAUGGGCCCACAGACAAAGUUUAUUUCUUGCCCCGAAGGAGAGCUCCAGCGGCGCAAGGAGGUUGUGCACACGGUCACCCUCCACGAGAUUGAUGUCAUCAACAGCCGCACCCAGGGUUUCCUCGCCCUCUUCUCUGGCGACACUGGUGAGAUCAAGUCCGAAGUUCGCGAGCAAAUCAACGCCAAGGUUUCCGAGUGGCGCGAGGAGCGCAAGGCCGAGCUGAUUCCUGGUGUCUUGUUCAUCGACGAAGUCCACAUGCUUGAUAUCGAGUGCUUCUCCUUCCUCAAUCGCGCGCUUGAGAGCGAGAUGGCUCCCAUUCUGAUUAUGGCCACAAACCGCGGUAUCACCCGCAUCCGUGGCACCAACUACAAGAGCCCCCACGGCAUCCCGAUCGAUCUGCUCGAUCGUCUGAUGAUCAUCACCACCACCCCUUACACUGAAACCGAUAUUGCUCAAAUUCUCCGUAUUCGAUCCGAGGAAGAAUCUGUGACACUGUCCCCCGACGCACUUCGCAUUCUCACCAAGAUUGGAACAGAGGCGUCUUUGCGCUAUGCCAUCCAGCUCAUCACAACCGCAAACUUGGUUUGCCGAAAACGCAAGGCGACGGUGGUCGAAGUUAGUGACAUUAAGCGCGUUUACAAGCUCUUCCUGGACGAGACGCGAUCGGCGCAAUACCUGAACGAUUUCCAGGACGAGUACGCCUUUGACAAGCUGAUGGCCGAGCGCGAGCAGCAAAAGCAAGCCGCAGCACCGUCAGGCGAAGCGAUGCAAAUGUCGUAAAAUGCAAGCCCCGUUUCAUUAUUAAAAUUACAG